GUUCCUUCAACAAGACCACAGCAUCGACAGUCGUCACCCCACGACACAGAAAACAGCUCGAAGACACUAAAAUACUCGAUAUUACAAACUCACAUGGAUGCAUAUGAAAGUGUAUAUCGACUAACUUUGGUAAAUUAGACUCGCAUGACCAUUGCCUAAAGGCUACACACAACCAUAGCCUAUGAAUGUGGGGGCUAUCGCUGCGUGGAAGUGACAUUUUAUGGAGGCUUGGAGACGUAGGGGAGCGGGGAGCAGAAGGGGGUAAACUGAAGAUUGACACACCAAACUGGAAACAUUGGACAGAUUCUGCUGGCUACGAGUGACCCACACGCACGGGACGGGGUGGAAACAUGGCCGCGAAUGUCAAUAUAACAUCUGGGAUGGGAGAAAUUAUUCAACUGAACGUCGGUGGGACAAGGUUCAGCACCUCUAGACAGACUCUCAUGUGGAUUCCAGACUCUUUCUUCUCAAGUUUGCUGAGUGGGAGAAUAUCAACUCUACGGGAUGAAACUGGAGCUAUAUUUAUUGACAGGGACCCAACAGCCUUUGCGCCCAUCUUGAAUUUUCUUCGAACCAAAGAGUUAGACUUACGGGGGGUAAACAUUAACAUUCUCCGCCAUGAAGCUGAGUUUUAUGGGAUAACACCAUUAGUGAGGAGGUUGCUGCUGUGUGAGGAAGUAGAACGUUCAUCCUGUGGCAGUGUUCUGUUCCAUGGAUACCUCCCUCCUCCAGCUCUCCCAGCCCGUAAGUUCAGCUCCACCCCUGCAGCCUCGGGCCCUGCCCCUGAGGAUCGGCCUGGUCCUACCGGAGCAGAGGGGGGGUUCCCCCAUACCUGUCCCCCCCACCCCUCACUCCCCGGACCCCCUGGAGCCGAGGGACCACACAGACUGGGUGCUGCGGUGGACCCUAGGAAGGUGCUGAUUGUAGCUGGACAUCAUAACUGGAUCGUAGUGGCUUAUGCACACUUUGUCAUCUGCUACAGGAUAAAAGAGUCGUCAGGGUGGCAGCAGGUGUUUUCUAGCCCCUAUCUGGACUGGUCCAUGGAGAGAAUCGCCCUUAACGCCAAGGUGGUGGGUGGUCCCCAUGGCGAUAAGGACAAGAUGGUGGCAGCUGCCUCCAAUAACAACAUCAUCCUCUGGAGCAUCCAGGACGGAGGGAGUGGCAACGAGAUAGGUGUGUUUAGUCUGGGUGUACCAGUAGAUCAUCUGUUCUUCAUUGGGAACCAGCUGGUGGCCACCAGUCACACUGGGAAGGUGGGGGUCUGGAACGCUGUUACACAGCACUGGCAGGUGCAGGAUGUAGUUCCCAUCACCAGCUGUGACACGGCUGGCUCCUUUCUGCUACUGGGCUGCAACAACGGAUCCAUCUACUACAUAGACAUGCAGAAGUUUCCUCUGAGGAUGAAGGAUAAUGAUCUGUUGGUGACAGAGCUGUACCACGACCCGUCUAAUGACGCCAUCACUGCUCUCAGUGUCUACCUCACACCCAAGACCAGUGUGAGUGGUAACUGGAUAGAGAUAGCGUAUGGAACCAGUUCUGGAGCAGUCCGGGUCAUAGUUCAACACCCUGAGACAGUAGGCUCUGGACCUCAGCUCUUCCAAACCUUUACUGUCCACCGCUCCCCUGUCACCAAGAUCAUGCUCUCGGAGAAACACCUGGUCUCAGUGUGUGCGGACAACAACCAUGUGCGGACGUGGACGGUGACGCGGUUCCGAGGCAUGAUCUCCACGCAGCCUGGCUCCACCCCCCUGGCCUCCUUUAAGAUCCUCUCAUUGGAGGAGACGGAGAGCCAUGGCAGCUACUCAUCAGGCAACGACAUCGGUCCGUUUGGGGAGAGAGAUGACCAGCAGGUGUUUAUUCAGAAGGUCAUCCCCGUCACCAACAAGCUGUUUGUUCGCCUCUCCUCCACCGGGAAAAGGAUCUGUGAGGUGGCGGCGGUGGAUGGGACCACCAUCUCGUGUUUCACGGUGAGGGAGUGUGAGGGUUCUAGCAGGAUGGGUUCUAGACCCAGGAGGUACCUCUUUACUGGCCAUGGCAACGGCAGCAUUCAGAUGUGGGAUCUCACCACCGCUAUGGACACCGCCAACAAGGGAGAGGAGAAGAAGACCGAUGAGGUGGGAGGGCCAACAGAGGAGGAGCUGCUGCAGCUAUUGGACCAGUGUGACCUCAGCACCUCCCGCUGUGCCACGCCCAAUAUCAGCCCCGCCCCUUCGGUGCUGCAGCACAGCCGCCUCCGAGAGUCCUGCUCCAGCCUCCGGCUGCAGGCCCAAGAGCCCAUCCCAGAGACGGCCACCUACGGAGCCCUACGACCCUACAGAGAGAGCCCCCUGCUGGCCCACGCCCGCCGCACAGAGUCCUUCCACAGCUACAGAGACUUCCAGAACUUCUCCCUGGGGACAGGUCUGCUGGAGCGCCCCGGACAGGCUCCAGGACAGGGGGCAGGUCCAGGUACAGAGGCCCGAACCCGGUCACUGUGCGAGGCUGGGGGAGAGGAGGGAGAGCGGAGGGGCUCGGCCAUGGAGCUCUGGGCUAGCCGAAGCGCUAACGCCGCUAAUGCUGAUGUUGUUGCUAAUGCUGCCGUGGUCACAGGUGGCGCCACUGCCGAAGAGGGCGUUUUGGAAUCGCCAUGGCAACCCCCCGACAGUCCUGGAGGAGACGUUCGGGGAAGGGCCCAAUUGGAAGAGGAGGGGGUGGGGUUAGGAUCAGUGGCGGAGGCUAGGUCUGAGGUGAGAAGGAAGGGAGGGUUUGAGGGGGCGGUAUUUCUGGGCAGAAAGAGAGCACCUCCAGUCCCCCAGCUCACCACGCUUCCCUCGGUGGGGUCUGAGGGGGGAGGCAGUGACUCCUCCUCCACUGCCUCCCCCUCCCCCACCCAGCUGGCUUCCACUUCCCCCCGACACAGGAAGUGCAGCGAGCCGGCCAAUCUUGACAGCAGCCUGUGAGUUACGGACAGCUCUGACACAGACACGCCCCUGGUGUCAGUAAGUCAACAGCUCCGGGUAGAAGUUACUCCUCUAGCUACUGAUCUAGGACCAGCCUACCCUCCCCAAAUCCUAACCUUAACCAUUAGGAGUAAAACAUACUAAACUGACUUUGGAUCAAUGUUUGGGGGCAACUUCAUCUCACAGGCAAUAUUCAAGACUGCCACAGUAUGACAUCUCAAAAUAAAGCCCUAUAUUCUCAGUCAAGAGAAGAAACUUGACGCCUGCUGGAAGUUGCUAACUAGCCUAAGGAUGAUCUUCUAGUUCAGAGCAUGACUUUAACCCUUCAGAUCUCUCCAUCAUGGCUGGAAUCUGGUAGCUACAUAAGUGGUCCUCCUCCAAUGUUUGUUCCAAUAGUCCACUCAUGAUAUCAGUAGGAAACUUUGUGUUCGAGGUAUAUAGUUUAUCGACUAUUAACACAAAGUGCUAGAUAGGUUUAUUUCCCCCUUGUGGUUGUGAUCACUUUCACACACUCAUGGUUUGGGUUCACAGGUUGUGAACCUCCACACAACACACAGUAAUGCUGUUCAACCAGCCAGUGGCCAUGCGUGUUGUGUUUUAGACCUGAAUGAAUUCUACAUUACACAGUAAAUCACCUUAUCAUUUUUCUUUCUCAAAACAGACAGACAUCUCAUGCUGAAGGUCAAAGUGACUUUGCAUGGCAUUCUAUGUUAUUAUAAAUGUAAGGAAUCAUACUUAGUGCCUUUUUUAAACAUUAGCCAUAGUCUAAAUAUCCACCUGUCCUUUCAGUGAUGUAGAGAGGAAGUAGACCAAAGGUUGAAUGGAGUAUAUCUGUCUGUAUGCAGUGUGUUGGUCUCACUGUCCAGUGGUGUCACAGGUUGGAUAGCUGCUAUUAUCGUCACUCCUGUCACCCAACAGUAGCUUUCAGAUGGAGAGCGAGAAUAAGAGGAAAGAGAGGGAGUUUUCAGUGGAGCCCGUCCUCCCUCCACGCCCAUCAAUAGACUAGACCUGGGUCAAAUACAUACAACUUGAGGUGCACUUGAUUUAGCUUGCCCAGUACAAUGGAACCAAUGGAAUAUUCCCAAAAAUGCGAACCAAACAAAAUCAAGCGCACCCAUUGUAUCUGAAAAUACAGUAUUUGACCCAGGUCUGUCCUAGACCGAGAUGUUUAGUAAGAGAGGGAAUGACACCAAACUGAGGGUUCAACAUGUACAAAGAUAUAAAUCUAAAUAAUAUGCAACCUGAUUAUACACUACCGUUCAAAAAGUUUGGGGUCACUUAGAAAUGUCCUUGU